UCAUCAGAGGUCGUGAAGGCUGAAACUCAGACGUUAAAGCCUGGAACUUUGAGAAGCAGUUUCUCCUCAGAUGUUGCAGAACUGAGCCGCCUCUCCCGCUCUCUCUCUCGUCUCUUCUCCUCUUUCCGAAGACACAGACACACAGUUUCGUCAUUCGUUCUUCUCUUCUUCACCGGAAGCCAGCAAUCCACUUCCUGAUUUGCUUCUAAACCUGAAACCCUAAAUCCCCAUUUCUUCUUUGCUCACCUUCUCUACGCGCGGAACCUAAAACCCAAAACCCCAAAUUUUACCAUCUUGUUGGCUGCUUCUUGCGUCAUCUCCGACGCCACCAGCAUGGAAAUUGAUUCUGAUAAUGAGAAUCAGAACAUGAAAUCAGCCGAGGGAAGCACUUCAAUGCAGACAGAUACUCAGGGCACUAGCUCAGAAAAUUCUGAGCUAUCUGAAUCAAUGGACAAGCUGAAUAUUGGUGGGCGGGCUCGGUCUUCGUCAAGCAACUUCAAGAGAAAACCUGUUAUUAUUCUAGUUGUUGGAAUGGCAGGAAGUGGAAAAACAACAUUUCUUCAUCGUCUUGUUUGCCAUACACAAGCAUCAAACAUUCGAGGUUAUGUGAUGAACCUUGAUCCUGCUGUAAUGACUCUUCCUUUUGGUGCAAACAUUGACAUAAGAGACACUGUGCGGUACAAGGAAGUGAUGAAACAGUUUAAUCUUGGACCUAACGGUGGCAUUUUGACAUCACUGAACUUGUUUGCUACAAAGUUUGAUGAGGUUGUUUCUGUUAUUGAGAAGAGAGCAGAUCAGCUUGACUACGUUCUUGUGGAUACACCUGGUCAAAUUGAGAUUUUCACUUGGUCUGCUUCAGGAGCUAUAAUCACAGAAGCUUUCGCUUCAACUUUUCCAACUGUAAUUGCCUAUGUUGUUGAUACACCUCGUUCAGCAAGUCCAAUUACUUUCAUGAGCAAUAUGCUUUAUGCUUGUAGUAUCCUCUACAAAACGCGGUUGCCACUUGUGCUGGCAUUCAACAAGACUGAUGUGGCUAAACACGAGUUUGCUCUGGAGUGGAUGCAAGAUUUUGAGGCAUUUCAAGCAGCAACUAGUUCAGAUAACACGUACACAUCAACUUUAACUCACAGCCUCUCUCUAGCACUGGAUGAAUUCUAUAGAAAUUUACAGUCUGUUGGGGUAUCUGCGGUUUCUGGUGCUGGAAUGGACGCCUUCUUUAAGGCCGUUGAAGCAAGCGCUGAAGAAUAUAUGGAAAACUACAAGGCUGAUCUUGACAAGAGACGAGCAGAAAAGCAGCGCUUGGAAGAAGAGCGCAGGCACGAAAACAUGGAUAAGUUGAGAAUGGAUAUGGAAAAAUCCAGAGGAGAAACUGUGGUUUUGAGCACGGGUUUGAAGGACAAAGAUGGCAAGAGCAGAACAUUGAUGGAGGAGGAAUAUAAAGAAGGAAGAGAUGAUGAGAUGAUUACGAGGCGUUAAGCGAAGAGGA